AUGUCCGACACGAACGGCGUCAGUCCUCCGCCCGCGCAAGAACACCCCGAGCAGCCAGAACAACACGAGCCAGAGCUGCCAGGACCGGGCGCGUUCCUCAAGAGUGUCGUGGGACAGGAAGUCGUGGUCAGGCUGAAUAGCGGGGUCGACUACCGCGGCGUUCUGAGUUGCUUGGACGGGUACAUGAACAUCGCGCUCGAGCAGACGGAGGAGUAUGUCAACGGGACCAAGACGAACGAGUACGGCGACGCGUUCGUGCGAGGGAACAACGUCUUGUACAUCUCGAAGGUCAACUAG